UUAUAUUCCGCGCGUGGCCAGUGAUCCACAGAUCCGCCCCGGCUUUUGAACGACAAACAUCUUGCCAGCUGUCUCGAAGCGUGCUACCGAGUGAAAGAGGUGAGCAACAUGCUGGCAGCGCGACGACUAACCUGGGCCAGGGUGAGGUCCGCCGCAGCAGUGCUGGGGCGCCAUGGACAAUCCCUUCCACAGGCACCACGCCUUCACAAUAAUGCUGCUUGCGCCCUGCACACGGGGAGCAAGACUGCCUGGCAGAAAGCAAACACAGUAGAUGACUUCAGGCUUUCACAACCAACUAUCGCCGCUGCUAAUCUUCUUCGUGACCAGAAAAUGCUUCAGGUACGUUGGGAGAAUGGCAGCGUGGACUCGUACCCUUACAUCUGGCUGCGUGACAACUGCCAGUGUCCGAAAUGUUACCAUCCCGUCUCCCUGGCACGCCGCGUCUUGCUCAAAGAUCUCGACCUUUCUGUCAAUUGUGUAGAUAUCAAGUUGAGUAACACUGGAGAGGAAGUCGAAAUGCUGUGGACAGACGGUCACCAGGGGACAUACGACGCACACUGGCUGCACGAAAGAGCUUUCAGAGGACCGAAGCCUGCGCCUCAUGACCGCGAAUUCAGACUGAAGCAGCAACUUUGGGGGCGUGAGAUGCAGGAUAAGCUGCCCAGGAUCUCCUUCCCGGACAUCAUACACGACGACCACUCUCUCCUCAACUUCCUGGAGAGUCUGGAGGUGAUGGGCGUAGUGCUGGUGUCAGAUGUGCCUUGUGAAAUAGACCAGAUCUACUCCUUUGCCAAGCGCAUCGGACACUUGAGACCAACUCACUACGGAGAAACGUUUAACGUGUACAGCAGGAUGGAUCCCAACAACCUGGCGUACACCGGAGACAGCCUGGACAUGCACACUGACCUGCCCUGCUUGGCUACCAAGCCUGAGAUUCAGAUGUUACACGUCAUCAAGCAGUUCAUUGGUGAGGGUGGCGACACCAUGAUAACAGACGGAUUCCACGCAGCUUCCAAAUUCAAGAAGAAUAAUCCGGAAUAUUUUGACACUCUUGCAAACACCUUGAUCGAAUUCGUAGAUGUGGGAGUCGAUGACGGCAUCAAGUUUCACGUUUGUUCGAAAGCACCGAUCAUUGACGUGGACAUUGACGGCUCCAUCCGAAACGUGAACUGGCACCAAAUGUCACGUGACUCACGCUUCGAAGUUUCUUCCCCCGAAGCAGCGGCAAAGUGGUAUGCAGCAAGCCUGGCCUUCCGAGACAUGCUGUACGACCCCGAUAACCUUGUGAAACUGAAGCUUCAAUCAGGCGACAUGAUAGUGUUUGAUAACCUGCGCGUUAUGCAUGGACGGCAAGGAUACCGCGCCGAUCAAGGUGAACGCUGGCUACAGGGCGGCUACUUAGAGUGGGACUCUGUCAGGUCGCUCCGCCGUGUGCUUCGUAAGAACAUUAAUACUUGAGUUGUUCUCGUCUAAACCUUACGCAUGCCAUGUAUCGCUAUAUAAUAGAUAGAUAAGGUAAACAUGAUAAUGAAUGAUGAUUGUGAUUAAACAUACUUCCUUUCUUUGCUUACUUACAUAAUUAUUUUGGUUUGUGCUAGUUAAUGAUGGUGAUGAUGACUGGUAAAGAAUGUAAAAGGAAAUGUACAAACGUUUUAGUUUGUUGAACUUUAUUCUAUUGUUUCGUGAUAUUGUUUUACACUGUGAAGGUACUCUCAACAGCUUCUUUCAAUCACUUUUUCUUUUUUUGCUUGCUAGAGGUUAUUCAUAUGUACAAGUAUAUGACCACUCGCAUUUUACUAAAUUUUUCAUUGCCA